AUGUCCGCCCGCAACGCUCGCAACGGGCCAGUAAUGAGCGGCCUCGACACCCUCUCCUCAGCAUGCUACACAAUACCGUGGCUACCCAGAAAGAAGUCCAAACGGUCUUCCACCAUCACAGACUCACAAGACCUGCCAUUCCCAGUCCUCGCCGAAUUCGAAGCUGACAGCGAUCCAGCUCGCGUCCGUUAUACCUCAUAUCAGAUCGCCGUCCAGCGGACUGAAGCACUCUUCGAGAAUUGUAUGGACGACGUCUACAGCUCGCUCUUCGACGACCUGCGGUCCUUCUUUCAGGCCGACAAGGGCUUGGCACAGCCAGAACACAUUGAUAGUCUACCACUGACUGGCAUAGCGGAACACGAUCUCUUUAUCCCAGGAUUCGAGAGCCAUGAUAGAAUGACUGGCUCGGAUAGCACAGCAAAGAGCAUUCAAACAGCCCUGCUCAUCUCCACCUCGGCGCCGUCGUUUUCAUCCUUCUCGAGUCAUCUAGUAUCCGAAAUCUCAGGCCCUCGAUCGCAAGGUCCACCAAUCAUCGUCGUCACACUUUCCGCUGGCGAAUGCUCCAACCUAUACACAGCUCUGCGACUGCUAGUGGCACGAUUCAUUGCGCAGGGAUCGACACUCGGCGACUCAGACGAAGGUGGAUUGGCUAAUGUCGAGGCAGCUGCAUUCGCAGGCAAAGUCGAGCCAGACCUGCACGUCCUGCGCUUUUGGUGGCAGAAAAAGUUCGGACACUCCGGACAAGGCCCUCGACUCGUCGUAAACCUGCCAACAAUCGAAUCUGUCGAGCCGACAGUGCUCUCCGACCUCCUGUCAGCUUUGCAGACAUUCGUAACCGAGCCAACAACCGAAUCAGUCCACGAUUCCGCCCGCUCACUUACACCCCAGCUGAUGCUCAUCCUCGGCAUCACCUCCCCCUCAGGCGGUUUGGCAGCUGUCUCAACCGACGGUAUCGUAGCAUCCAGCAGCUGUCUCGCCUCCUCCGCACCAGCUCCUUGGAUCGACUACAUCCCCCGCUCAGUCCUUCGCGUCCUCGACAUCUCCCGCUUCUCCCUACCAAGCAAAGAGGUAGUUUGGUCUUGCCUUGUACAAUUUUUUCUCACCUCACGCGACCUCCCACUCUCUCUCGGACCUUCGACCUUCGAGUAUAUCCGAGAGACUUACUGGGAGAGAGAUGCCGACCUCGACUCAGUCCUAGACGCCGUACGGCUAGCGUGUUUCAUCCACUUCUCGGGUAAGCCAGAGUCAGCCUUCACUAUCCCAGGUCAGGCCAAGCGGGUCAGGUUCUACAGCUGGACACCGAAGAUGGUCGAACGAAUGAAAAUCGCUUUCCUCACCACGGAUGAGGAGAAAAACUUGGUGCUGCCCUUCCUUCCAGGGUCGACUGGGGAGUCUGGUGGACUGGAUGUGAACAACUUUUUGUCCGAAGCUGCGCGGUCAGAUCAAUUCAUCCUGGGCGAGUUGGAUCAGCUGCGACAUCCCCGCGAAGUGCUUUGUUUCAGACUCGAAUUCGCAGUCCGCUUUCUCUUCAGGGCGUUCGAAGCACUACAACGGAUUCAAUUCCGAGCGAGCACCGCUGCACAGGCUAUGCAUGCACGCAAUCAUUCCGUGGCAGCACAACAAGCUGCAGAGAUGGACGAACAACGACAGCUAGAGCGAGCGAGCGAGAUUUUAACUCAGGUUGUUAUGCAGUGUCUCAACGCCUCUGUUGCCUCUUUAGAGACAGGCAAGAGAUUGCCCGCUGCUCUGACUUUGCGGAAUGGUUUGGCGAGACUGUGCAAUGCAGCAAAACGGUUGCUAUCGGACGAAUUCGAGACGUUGUUGGAUGAUAUGGUCGCUGCAGCUGAAGACGAGGUUCGCAAGGUCGAGCAAGACCUUGACAUCGCAGAAGACGCUGAUGCGCAGAGCGAAGGACAGCUCCGCUCGGCAACGGAGUCUAUCGCAUCUCAGAGCACACAGUUCCUGGCUGGUUUGCGAACUUUCCAACAGCGACUAUCGCAGACUAUCGUCGCAGGUACAGCUGGCAUGGCGGAUGAAGAAGAAGCCGAUCUCACUUGCGCCGCAACGGGCACCGAAGCAGCUUCACAACGCCGCGAGGCACGUUUACAGCGAGUGCAACGCAAACUGCUCAUGGAAGAAAAACUCCUCGGUCUCAAACGCGAGAUUACCGACUACCUCACUCACUCGAUCCACAAUCUUGUUGAUUGGAGGCAACUCACUCGUACCUUGUCCGCUUCCGAUAAUGGCCCACUCCACCUUUUGAGGGAUAUUUUCUUCGUCGAUUGUUACGGACCGCUCUCUACCCUACUCGAUCCAUCCACGCGAGCUGGGUUAACGCUACCACUUAGCGCACCUGAAGAGUUCAUAGAGAGUCUUUACGAUGCAGCACUAAGCGUUGUCCCCGAAGAAGAACUGGAGGGGAUUGAUUUGGGAAGGUUGAAAGAGAUGGCGACACCAGAUGUUUGUAGGUUGUUCAAGCUAUAUAGAGAGUGUGGAAAGUUUGUUAAUUUGGCAGAUUGGUAUGAAGCGUUCAAGCAGAAUGUGGAGUUGGAUGACACGAUUGAAGAGAUGCAGGAGGGACUCGUUAGGGAUGGUGAGCAGGCUGAGGCAAGGAAAGCUGCGGGUAGUAGUAGGGAUGCUGCUGAGGUAUCUGAGGAUGGUCAAGGGGAGGAGGAUGGGGUGCCUUGGACCCCGUCAAAAAGGAAGAGCCCGAGGAAGAGGAGUAUACAAUUGUUGGAUUUGGCAGAGUCAGAUUACGAUUCGGACGUGUUGGAUACUCCGUCGAAGAAGCGACCCCGUAAGAUAGCAGAAGGGGGUGACGAGGAGAGUCUUACACCUAGAACAAGCGGGGCUGACUUGCAGAGCCGCUUUGCACUAGCACUCAACGAGUUGGCUCGUAUGGGCAUGAUUAGGGGCACAAGGCGAAGGCAAGAGCAUAUUACUAAGGUCAUGUGGGACCUCGUGCUUGACUAG